AUGGAUCACGGUGAUUGCUUCCAGAUUUUGCCAAAAGAAAACUUGCUUAAGAUGUGGGGACUGCACCUGAGAAGAGAGACCAUGCACUGUACAAAAAGUUUUUGCACCACUCCAUGGAGGUGGAUUUCUGGGACCUUAGGAGUAAUGUGCCUUUUGUUGAUGGCUAUUUUGGGAAUUGUGUUGAAACACUCAUUUCAUAAACCAGAUAUUGAGCGAACAUUCUCUCAAGGAGCCACCCUCAAAUCCCAGAAAGACUCUGACUGCUGUUCUUGCCAGGAGAGGUGGAUUGGGUACAGCUGUAACUGUUACUUCAUUUCCAAUGAAUCCAAAACGUGGAAUGAAAGUAGUGAUUUCUGUGCUUCUCAUAAUUCCACCCUUCUUCAGAUGAACAAUAGAAAUGAAUUGCAGCACUUUAUGAAAUUCAGUAAAAAAUAUUACUGGGUUGGAGCCAUCUACAGUGAAAAACAACAAGCCUGGGCGUGGCUGAAUGGCUCUGCUCUCUCUCAAGAUCUAUUCUCCUCCUAUCAAACUGCAAAUUCAAAGAACUGCAUAGUAUACAACCCACACCUUGGUUUUAAGGAUCAACCUUGCAUGUGGAAAAACUUAUAUAUCUGUAAGCAAGAACUUAUGUAG